AAAAAAACCCCUAAAAAUCACGUGUCUGGAGAUCAAAGGAGAUCCGCUUUGUGGAGUUGGAAGGAGAGCUGGUAAAUGACACGGCAGCGAUGGAGGAGUGAACGCGCUCGUCUCCGCGGGUCACAUUUCGGGAAGGAUUCAGGAGCUCGCUGAGAAAUCCAGUUCCUCACGCAGCCCAGGGCUCACACACCCUCGCCCACUAAAAAAUAAAAUACAAUAACACCCGGGAAAUUAUGUUUCGAUCGGCGCCCAUCCAGCCGGCAAGAUGAUUGUACCGAGGAGAGGGUCUGAUCGCCCGGGCGACCCGAUGGUCUUCGCCGCCCUGGUACUCGCCGCCUCGCUGGGAGCUGUGUGGGCGAAGGAUACCGCCUUCGUGGAAGUGGUGCUCUUCGAGUCGAGCCCGAGCGGAGAUUACACGACCUACACCACGGGGCUGCAGGGGCGCUUCUCCCGAGCCGGGGCCACGAUCAGCGCCGAGGGCGAGAUCGUGCAGAUGCACCCCUUGGGACUGUGCAACAACAACGACGAAGAGGACCUGUAUGAAUACGGCUGGGUGGGUGUUGUGAAGCUAGAGCAGCCGGAAUUGGACCCCAGUUGCCUCACGGUUCUGGGAAAGGCCAAACGAGCUGUACAGAGGGGAGCGACAGCAGUCAUCUUUGACGUGUCCGAAAACCCAGAUGCUAUCGAUCAGCUGAACCAGGUCUCCGAAGACCCCCUGAAGAGGCCCGUGGUGUACGUGAAGGGCACAGAUGCCGUGAAGCUCAUGAACAUCGUGAACAAGCAGAAGGUGGCAAGGGCCAGAAUCCAGCACAGGCCCCCAAGGCAGCCCACAGAAUACUUUGACAUGGGCAUCUUCCUUGCCUUCUUUGUCGUCGUGUCUCUCGUCUGCCUCAUCCUCCUCAUCAAAAUUAAACUGAAACAGCGCCGGAGCCAGAGCUCCAUGAACCGCAUGGCCAUCCAGGCGCUGGAGAAGAUGGAGACCCGGAAGUUCAAGGCCAAGAGCAAAGGGGUACGAGAGGGCAGCUGCGGCACCUCCGACUCGCUGAGCAGCAGCUCUACCUCAGACUGUGCCAUCUGCUUGGAGAGAUACAUUGACGGCGAGGAGCUGCGGGUAAUCCCCUGCACCCACAGGUUCCACAAGAAGUGCGUGGACCCCUGGCUCUUGCAGCACCAUACCUGCCCCCACUGCAGGCACAAUAUUAUUGAGCAAAAGAAGGGGAACCCCGGGCCAGCAUGCAUGGAUCCUGCAAACCCGGUUCACAGCCGGCAGCAGAGGGUGGUCCUACCUGUGCAUUAUCCCGGGCGUGUGCACCGGGCCGGUCAAAUGACAGCCUACCCCACCCGCACAAGCAUGGACCCCCAUGGCAAUCCCAUCACCGUGCUCACGGUGGACCAGCAUUCUGACCAGGCGCUGUAUCCUCCACAGUCGUCGGCAUUUCUCCGCAGCUACCCUCCCAUUCACCUGGACCACACACUCAACCCGCAUCACUGUGGCCUGGAACACCGGGCGCCCAUAUACCCCCAGUCACACACAUUCAAACGGCCCCGUUUCCAUGGGCGCAGCUUCUCUCGUGCUGCCUGCUUCUCCCAGUACGAGACCAUGUAUCAGCACUACUACUUUCAGGGCCUGACCUUUCCCCAGGCCGAGGGCCCAGCAGCGAGCGGGCCUCACAAGGGCCACAGCCGGGCCUUCCAGCAGGGCCUGCUGUAUCCUGCCGUGGUCCAUGUUGCACCAGCUUCUGGUUCCCGCCUGGGUGAGACAGCGAGCUCCUCCAGCUUCAGCUGUUACCACGGACACCGCUCGGUGUGCAGCGGCUAUCUAGCCGACUGCCCUGGCAGUGACAGUAGCAGCAACAGCUCGGCCCAGUGCCAUUGCUCCUCCAGUGACUCCAUGUUGGACUGCACCGAAGUUAGCAACCAGGGCGUGUACGGCAGCUGUUCCACCUUCCGUAGCUCCCUCAGCAGUGACUACGACCCUUACGUGUACCGCAGCCGAAGUCCCUGUCGGGGUGUGGCUGGGGAGGUGGGGCUGGGAAGCCCUCCUGUGCAACCGGACGACACUCUGGCUGCUGCUGGCCAGGACUGUCUUCAGCCCCCGGCAGGUACCAAUUACAGUUCCGGGGACCAGCUUUCCAGCUGUAGCCUGGAGCCAAACUACAGCAGCCGUUCUUCACUGGAACCCAAGGAAACCAGUACCACUACCUCAGCAGGGGCCCUAGAGGGCGCCGGAGCAGACUUUCAAAUCAGGGGCAUAAUGCUGGAUGAGGGUGUGGAGCAGGCGACAGCUUGUAGCUGCUGCUUUGAGAUCCCACCAGCAGACUUGGAGGGCAGGGGUCAAGAGCUGGGUCACAACGGCUUCCCAGCAGCAGGCAACUGUGGCCGGGGGGCGGAGUCCCAAAGCCCUGCCUCUCAGAGUUUGUACAGUGCCAACACUGAGCACCUGUUUCUUGGGGAGCAGGGCAACUACGAAGGACUGCCCUGCUGCUUUUACAAGGAGAUGAGCGGCCAGCGCAACAGCAGUGGACGCUAUGGCGAGGACUAUGCUGUGAACAUUCAGUACACCCAGGCAGACACAGAGGGUCGCACACCGCAAAGCUGUGGGGAGCCGAGCCAGCGGAUAUCCAUCAUCCCUGGGGACACUGACUGUGAGCUGAGGCUCGAUGCUAGGCCUCAGGCCACCUUGCUGCCAGCUGCCCUUCCUGAGUGCAGGGAGGGGGAGGACAGAACUGGACACUGCAGAGAUCAGUCCACAAGGGCGACUCUCUUCCACAGCCAGUUUUCCCCCAGCUUCCGUGAGCCACAGGGAGGCAGAAGCGCUACAGAGUCGGGACCAUUGCAAGCCUUGGGAAAAGACUGUGUAACACAGCCCAACCUGUGAGCUUCUCUGAAUCGGAUAUACGGGAUUUUUCUUUAAUAGUAAGACUCCAGUUUGAACUUUCUGAGGGUGUUAUUUUCUACAAUAUUUUUAAAUGCAUGUGUAUUUAUAUACAUGCACACGGACAGUGUAUUAAGCUUCGACAAACACAGAAGAAAAGUGGUAAUGUGGAGAAAUAACCAAAAUAUAGCAUAUCUGCCUUUGUCUCCGAUAGACCCCUACCCCCAUACUUGCCCCUCCAGGAGGCACCACUAACAGUUUGUGGUGUCUGCUCUUAGUGGGAAGUGAGUCCCAGGUUGCAACUGCUUCUUUUCUGUUGGUGGUCACCACCUGAGGCCCGCUCAUUUCCUUACACUCUCAGGGCUACUGCUGCCUUAGUAGCAAAAUCAGCUUUCAGUGACAUUGGCUCUUGUGAAAUUGUGUUUUCAGCACUGUAGGGGGAUGUAGUACAGCUACUGGUUGAAGUGAACAUGAAAUGAAGUUUUGCUCCCCCCCCCCCAAAUCAAUUGACUGUCUGAAAGUUUUAAUAGCCCAUCACGGUAGACAAACUUUUUUUCCCCCCACUUAAC